UUCAAGCAAUACUAGAAAGCUUAAUGUGCAUCACACAGCACUUGUUGUAUAAAUAUUAACGUACAUUGUUUCCUUUGAUUACUAUAAGAUGCAAUUGAGGGAGACCCAAUCGUUUGCCUUUGGCAAUGCAGUCAAAUCAUUUUGCUGAGCCAAUGAAAAUGCUGGUGAGACAUGAUUUCCACAGACGACCAAAUCACAUGCGGCGGUCAGGAUGGCCUCACCAGUGUCAUCGAAAUAUCACCAUCAAACGUCCUGUCCCUGUCACCAGGAGCAGGUCUUGCUGAUGACGACAAUGAGGUUGUAUCUUCCACUGGUGGUCUUGCCAAUCAGGCUGUUUUAGUCUCGCCCACAAUGUCCAAUGAGACCCUACAGAGCCUUCUAGCCUCACCCUCCCUGCUCCAGUCCCAUGGGCACCUGGGCUUGCUGGACGGCAUCCACAUCAUCCUGCCGGGCCACACAGGCAUGUUCCCUGCACAUGGGACGGACAGCAUGCUACCCAGGAUAUGGCACGUCAUAAACCCGGAUGACGGGAUUAUAACUGUGGCAGGGGAUAGUAUCACAGACCAGGGUGAGACGGAGCCAGGUGAGGUGAGCAGCACGACGGGCCACAUGGAUCUCAUGGACACGACCCCUGAUGACCUCCCAGAGAUGUUGAUGCCUCCGCCCACCCAGCCCCUCCCUGUCGGAUGUCCUUCAUGGGCCGCCAGACUGAAAAAUUGCGAGAAAAUCGGUGACUACUACCGGGGCUACGUUGAUACAGAGGUAGAGAUGGACAUCCUGCUGACGUACCACAAGCAGGCCACGCAGAGCUUCUGGGGCACCCGCCAGUCACCCAGCCCUGCAAAGCAGUCCACACGCUUCAUGUGGAAGUCACAGUACGUCCCCUUUGAUGGGGUGCCGUUUGUGAACGCAGGCAGUCGAGCUGUGGUGAUGGAGUGCCAGUUUGGACCUCGCAGGAAAGGAGGGCUGGCUAAGAAAGCCUUGGAAAUGGAGAACAAUGAAUAUAGGCAAACCUGCCCUGCACGGAUAUACAUUAAAAAAGUAAGGAAGUUUCCAGAAUUCAGAAUAGACCCAAAUUUGGACAAGAGGGCAGCAAAGAUUGCCAUGGACAAAGCAUUCCAUGCACUGAAACAGCAGAACAUAGACAAGAUUGGACAGGACAGGUUCUAUGCACAGUUGCCAACAGUGGCGGCCCAUGAGUUCCACGAGGAGAUAGCAAACCGCUCUGGCAUGCACAUCGGAAUGUCUCAGAGGUCCCAGAGUAAGGAGAGUCAGACACCGCCCGAUAUUGUGUCGGAAACCCAGGAGUUGGAAAACAGAAAGAAACAAAGAUUACAUCCUUUGGUUGCUCAGAAGAUUCGGGACAUUGUUUCCAAUGGGGAAGCACAAGUGUACCAUGUUCGCAGACAAUUACGGAUGUAUGUGUGUCGAGACCUGCUGAGUGCCUCUCCAGACAGCCACAUCUCCCGGCACGACCUCAGCCUGUUUCCCACCAUCACAGACCUGAAGAACCACAUCCAUCAGGCUGUGAAGGACAUCGAGAAUGGCACCCUCCCCCUCACCGCCACAGGACUCAAUCAUGUGAACCUAGACGCUGCUGGCAGCUCUAAUGACAGCCUGAUGACGGACCUGUGGUCUGACAUGACCUCCAUGUCGUCUGGCCCCAUCCCGGAGACUGUGACAGUCACUCUUACACAGGCGCCUGGGGAAGAUGGUGAGCAUGUGAUCUCUCGGAUAGAAACCCACAUGAGCGACGGCAGCACACAGAUCAGUACCACCCUGACACCAGAGACGGCUCAACUUCUGGCACGGCUCAACCCUCACAUGUUCCCGCCUGCAAGUCUUAGUCAGCUUAAGGUACAGUCAGCGGAACAUUCGGGAGGUGUGGACAUUGCAAGACAUGGCCUGGCUCUCACACCAGAUAUGGACCACUCUAAUGCAUUUUCUGGCCUUGACAUACAGGAUUCUGAAACCAAUCUCAGCAAUACAGGUCCAAUAUUGAGUAUCAACAUCCAGCAGAGUGACCCCAUGGUUCCUCCAGAUUCCCAAGUAGACCUCAUGGACAUGAAUACAGACAACGAGGAGGAAGAUUUGUGAUCAUGUUUUAUCUAUGGACAUGAUACAGACAGCAAGGAGGAAAAUUUGUUAUAAUGUUUUUGCUAUGGCUGUGAAUUCAGACAGCGAGGAGGAAGAUUUGUCAUCAUGUUCUGCCUAUGGACAUGAAUGCAGACAGCGAGGAGGUUGAUUUGUGAUCAUGUUCUACCUAUGGACAUGAAGCGAUGAGGAAGAUUUGUGAUCAUGUUCUAUCUUUCAUAAUGGACAUGAAUACAGACAGCAAGGAAGAUUUGUGAUCAUGUUCUACCUAUGGACAUGAAUACAGACAGCAAGGAGGAAGAUUUGUGAUAAUGUUCUACCUUUCAUUAUGGACAUGAAUACAGAGAGCGAGGAGGAAGAUUUGUGAUCAUGUUCUACCUAUGGACAUGAAUACAGAUAGCAAGAGGAAGAUUUGUGCUGAUAUUUUACCUAUGGACAUGAAUACAGACAGCGAGGAGGUAGAUUUGUGUUCAUGUUUAACCUAUGGACAUGAAUACAGACAGCGAGGAGGAAGAUUUGUAAUCAUGACAUCAUGUUCUGCCUAAACAAGCAGCGGCUGUUUUUACUUCAAGUGCAAUGUAUGAUUAAUAUAUUUUUUAUUAAAAGUUACUGUUAUUAGCUGAA